UCUGGGAGUCAUUCCGAAUAACAGUUAGUAGUUGAGCCCCGGUAACCAAACCGAACGCUCCUCCUGCUGGUUCGUCUAAAUUUUCGCUUCUUUGUUCUUUUUGUGUCUGGUCCAAACCGUUCGACACGGCCCACUGUGGAGAGAGCGAAAGAAGAGCGCUUACCUCGAAAAGUUUUCUUUGACGAGAAAGAGCGGGUCCAGUUCUACUGCGGAUUGACGGCGAGGUCUUUAACUUAAAGCAGCUCCAAACAAACCUAGAAAACUAGUGAGGUCUUUGCAAAGGGCAAAGUGGAUGAGCAGCUCCUCUGUCAUAUUUCAAAGUUUGUUAGACAGCAGCAGACUGUAAAAGUAUUCAGCAUUACAUAAAAGACGCAAAAAAGGCAUGAAUCCUUAAUGAGAACUCCGGGGAGUGAGCAGACUCUCCAGACUUGUGCACUGCGCAAUAAAGUGGGACUGAGUUCCAGGCAGAAAGCUGGAGAGCAAGACGUAUAUGGACUGAUUGGCUGUGUGGACGCUGCCCUGGUGUGAUGCUCAUUUGGUUCUGUUUGAGUGAAAAUGAAACUUUGGGACAGUUUGUCCCAUUGGACCCGAAUUUGGGACAGUUUAACGGCUUUUGCGGUCAAGCUUUAGCCGUGGACAUUUUUUUUCUUCCUCAAACAAGAGGCAGUUGAUGUCGUCGCAUAUCAAUAUGAAAUGGAUUAUUAUCAGUUUGUUUUCUUGGAAAUAAAUUCAGUUAAAGCUUUGAGAGCGGGAAUAUGCAGCCAGUGAAUAUUGAGUAUUGAUCUUACGUGGAUAUAAAGUGCACAAAUUCUCUUUGCUUUUCCUUGAAAACCCUGGUUCGGGGAAUUCUCUCUGCGGGUCACAGUGCGCUCAGAGCUCAAAGAAGAUACGCGGAUGUUCGCUUGGGCGCAGCGUGCAGCGCCGCUGCACAUGGAGCGCUCGGGGCGGCCGCCGCUGAUGUUGCUCGGUCUGCUACUCCAAAUCUGUUCCGCCGUUACCACUGAUCGCAUGAACUCCGACCGGUACGCGGUCUACUGGAACAGCUCCAACCCUAGGUUUUUUCAGGGUGAUUACACAGUGGAGGUGGCAAUCAAUGACUACCUGGAUAUCUACUGUCCUCACUACGAGGCGGCGGAGUCAGCCAUGCACAUGGAGCAUUAUGUGUUGUACAUGGUGAACUAUGACGGAUACAUGUCCUGCGACCACCACAGAAAAGGUUUUAAACGCUGGGAAUGUAACAGACCACAGAGCCCCAAUGGGCCACUCAAGUUCUCUGAGAAGUUUCAGCUCUUUACACCCUUUAGCCUGGGCUUCGAGUUCAGGCCAGGACAUGAGUACUACUAUAUCUCAUCACCGCAUCCAAACUUGGGUAGGAAGCCUUGUCUGAAGCUAAAAAUCUACGUCAAGCCAACAAAUGAUUCGGUGUACGACUCUGCGGAGCCCUUCCUGACUGACGAUACCACUGGUGGCUGCAGCCUUGCUUUGCCGUCUGCCAUGUUGCUCACCCUCCUUCUCAUACUCCUCAUCUCCUAUUCAUAGCAGCUUUCUGAGUCAGACCAAGCACCGCCCCACCGCCGCUACCACUCUGAAGAAAACUUGAUGAAGGAAACUAAUGUAGCUUCCUCUUACUGAACUUUGGCCUUUACCUCAAUAAUACUCAAAGGCUCGAACAAUCAGAGGAGGCAAGAACAGUGGUGGGGGGAGCUUGAGGCUGCAUAUCAACUCUGUGUGGAAUUUCUGGGAUCAUCCCUGCUCUUCUUUUAAUGUUUCUGUCAAGCUGUCAUAUAAAAUUGUGUUACAGAUCUAUAAGUCAGGGCUUUAAAGGAUCUCAUGUUAACAUUUCCAGGUUCCAUCUCUGAAUAUUGGUGCAUAAUGCUUUAUUUUUAAAAACUGUGAGGAUGAUUUAUUGUAUUUACAUCCAACAGCCGCUUCCUGAGUUUUAGACAUUGACUGAGAUUUAUAUCCUGCUUAAGACACUAGAGAUCUUGUCCUGGUGCAUGGUCAAUAGUCCAAGUAAAUACAAGGUCAUAAUGACCAAAACUAGCAAUAUUGCCUUACAAUGAGCCAUGACCUCAGUUUCACAAUCAACUAUUGAUCAGUGGCAUAAGUAUCAAUCACAGCUAUCUAGGAAAAGGCUGCAAAGAGAGCAAUACAAGAUGGUGAAAGAUGUGCUCUUAGGUCUCUUCCUCAGUUGAGCAAUGGUCGCUCACUUUUCACUUUUCAAUGUCCUUGACUACCUGCUCAAGUCUUCCUCUUUGUCCAGGAUGUGCUCAUCCUAGUCUGUCUAGUUCAAUGAAACUGUGCACCUACCCUUGUUGCCACAAUGGUGAUUCUAUCUUUACAGAAUAACACGUGUGUCUUCCUCUUCUUCGUGCUUGUAUUGGAUGUUGGGGGCUUUGCAUUUCUGAGGCAGGCUGCAACUUUCAUCUGAAGUUGCCAACCACAAAAAUUGUUUCACGAUGCAUAUUUUAUCCCUGUUAUUAGUUACACUAGCUGGAUUUGUCUUGCCGUGAAAGCUCAACUCUUUCUUAAGAAUGGCUUUCCCUGCUUGAGAGAGUUGUCUGUCAGAUACAUUCAUCACCCACUAGUCAAAGUGCUCGGUGUGAAUUUAGCAUACAUCUGUCCGUUUCCACCAUGCAGCAAGUAGCUCAGACUUCUGCUGUCUCAUCUGUGACUAUUCAUGCUGUUCUCAUCUAGAAGCUAUCGGUUCCUGGGUUUUGCCUAUUGUGCCUAACUUUUAUAUGAAUGAAAUGGAGAAGAGCUCUGAUAUCCUAUCUUGGAACACGGCUGAGCCUUUGGUCCAGAUAUAAAUGACAAUCUGGUGGACAAACACAUCAAGUUCAUCAGUCUAGAUAUAAAAACGUUACAGGCAAUCAUUGUCAGACUGUGAAAUUACUAAUCCAUACCCAUGCAGUAGUACAAGUUUGACUUUGUUUAUCCGCAUGACCACAAUAUGGGUGUCAUCAGGACAGUACAACAGAGCAAACAUUUUCCCAUACACACAGUGGCCAGGGAAGCUGAAGAACAUCAUAACAAAGAGACCCUGCAUAGAUUUGUUUUUUGUGAUUUGGUGCUAUGGAAUAAAAUAUAACUGAAUUGAUUGUCCCAGUGGAGCAUUUGUCAAAGCUGGCAACAUGCUGACCCAACAAAAACCACUGAUGAACUGGUGUUUGUUAGGAUUGGACAGCUUUUCUUCUUAUUUAUUUAUUUAUUUUCACCACUGUGAAAUCAAACUCUAAAACAUAAUACACCAAAAACGAAACAACCAUUGCUGAACCAAGGAGGGGGCAUAAGAGUAUGUCUUUCACCAUAUUAAAACGCUGUGAUUGCAGCAAUUUCCCAGCUCUGUGGUAGUACUCGUCUGCUUUGAUCAGUGGUAAUGGCAGUUUUCAUAUUAAUGGUGGUACUUGUUUUUGUCAUGUAACUGCACUGUUUAAAGGUUGGGGAAGCCUACAGUUAGCGCAGACUGAAGAAGUCAUUUGUGUUGCAAGGUUUCUUCCACUGAAAACCAUGUGUAGAGAUCAAAAGAAUAAAGUUCCUGGCACUAAAUAUCUUAAUAUCUUGCUGUGCAAGUGGUUUCAAACUAAAGCUGAUAAUUGAAGGAUUUUAGACAAGACACUGGAUAAAAAUCUUGGCAAUAUAGGUAACUUUCUUAUUAUUUAAAUGAAUACUUUCAUCUGUAAUUAAAGUCAUGGUAUUUAGGGAUUAUACAGGUUACAGACAGGCCCCUUAUUUUCCCAGUAAACUCCCAAAAACCAAGCUAUUAACUUAGCUGUAAAUUCUUAGUGUAUUUGCAACAAUGACCCAGACAAUUACUAACUACAAACUGUAAAAGAAAUUGUUUAAGUGUUGAUAACUACACUAUGAAGUAUUGGCUUGUUAUAUUUAAUGCAAUUACAUAUUUUUUGUUGGGACAGUACGCAAUUUUACCUUCCCUGCGAGCAGCACCAUGUGACAGCAGGGAAGACAGAAUCCCUUUAAAGUAGAAGAGCAGUCUUGCAAAAGCUAGAUAUAGGGAGGGGCAGCUUUCUGCCAUAACUUUAUCUUUCAAGAAAAGUGUACAUUUAUUAUGAAAACUUACUGUGAAGUAACGUUAGAUAGGGACUCAUUUUCAGGAACGUAUAUGAGCAAAAUAAGUUACCUUAAAAUCAACCAAAAUGUUAUUGUAUUUUUUUCUACUGUUCUAGGCAGCUGUUGGUUUCUGCACUUGUUGGUAACAAAAUUAAACAUAUUAUGUAACAGAUUUACACAUUUUAAUUUCUGUGUUAAAAUGUACAACUGCAGGUACAGUAUGGAACAUUUCCAAAAUAAAAUGCUCAAGAAAUUACUAGACUAGUGGUACAUAUCUAAAAUUAGAAACAUCUUUUCUCAGAGUGAUGCUGAAAGUCACGUUUAUCACUUCUGUGCUGGACUACUGUAAUUCGUUAUUAUCAGCAUUUCCUAAAAACUCCCUGAAGAGCUUUUAGUUGAUCCAAAAUGCUACAGCAAGAGUACUGACAGGAUAUUUCGCCCAUACUGGCUGCUCUUCAUUGGCUCGGUGUUAAAUCCAGAAUCAAAUUUAAAAUCCUUCUCAUCACAUACAAGGUCUUGUAUAAUUAGUCCCCAUUUUAUUUUAAAGAGCUUUACAGGACUAUAUCACCCCAGCAGAGCACUUCACUCUCAGACUGUGGGCUUAUUUGUAGUUCCCAGGUGCUUGCUCAUAGGCGGUUGACUGAUUGUUGGGUUUAUUCUGGGGUUGGUUAUUGUUAUUCUAGGGCAGGGGUGUCGAACUCCAGGCCUCGAGGGCCGGUGUCCCGCAGGUUUUAGA